AUGGAUUCUCGACGAUCACCCAUAGACGGUCCCCGCAACGAGGAGCCGCUUACUGCGGCAUCCACAUCAUCACCGGCACGAGAAAUGGAUUUUCUAGCAAGGCGGAGAAAGGUGCGCAAGGGAACGAGGUCUUGCUGGGAGUGCAAACGCCGCAAAAUCCGCUGCAUGUUAGCGUCGCCCGGGGAUGCCACUUGCAUCGGCUGCCAACAUCGGCGUGUGCCCUGUGUGCCGCAGGAGGUGCCGGCGGACGACCUGUCCCCGCCUCCCGCCAGGAAGGACAACCGGCGUCUCGGCGAGCGCAUUGCCCGGGUCGAGGACUUCAUGCGAGACUUUCUUGUGAACAGGCAUGACGGUGGCCGCGACGAUAGUGAGCCGCGCCAGGGGCGGUUCUCACUCGACGGUCAUGAUGCUGCUCCGAGGCCUCGCUCCUACGAGCCGUCCUUUCAGCCUUCUCCACAGGCGCUGAGAGGGUUCACUCCGGACCCGUCUCUCCUCACGCCGGACUCGCAAAAUCCAUCGGUAGAUUGCCAGGUAAUAUCGGAUCAGGCCGAAACGGAGACCGCCCUCCGUCACCUGGUGGCUGCUCUCCCGUCUGAACCCGAUAUCAGGAUCCUGCUGCGGGAGGGUCUCCGGCCCUCGCGUUACACGCAUCACAUUAACACUCUGCCGCAUAGCAAAAUGACCCCGGAGGCGCUUGCGGCACCGUAUCCGUCGGCCGAUCUUCGGUGGCCUCGUCCCGGCAUGCAUCCCGUCAUGCUGGCCAGACUGAUGCUCACCUUUGCUAUCACAUUGCAAAGUCCAUCCGGGGAAAGAGCCGAAGGUCUCUCAGAGCCGCCAUGCGUGCUCGCACGACGCCUGGUGACGGCCGCCAGGACAUGGGUGACCACCAAGGAAGUGAUGCACGGCUCUCUUGAGUGUCUCAUUUGCAUCCUGCUGGAGGGAGCGUACGAAGUCAACUGCGGCAAUCUGCGUUGGGCUUGGGCUGUCUACCGCAGGGCAAUGACUGUCGCUCAGCUGAUGGGGCUUCACCGCUCGCCCGUCCCCCCUGUCAGGCGCAUAGACCCGGACCUUGAUGCCGAUCCCGGCUUUAUCUGGUUUCGGAUCGUGUAUAUGGACCGCUACCUCAGCCUGCUCCUGAGCCUGCCCCAGGGCACGUCGGACAAGACCAUGAGCGCCGUGUCCGCCCUACAGCACCAGCCCCCGUUGGGUAGGUUUGAACGGCUCCUCACUGUCAUUGCAGCCCGCAUCUUAGAACGCAACGAGAGCCCCUUUUCCCCGGAUCAAAUCUCGACAACACAAUCCAUUGACGCCGAGCUCCUGAGUGUGUCGCGGAGUAUGCCGGCCAGUUUCUGGCGCUCCCCGAAUUUCCACAACCUCCGGCCGGGGUCACCCGACACGUUGUUGGAGACGCUGCGUCUGGGAGCGCACGUCUACUACCAUGGCCUGCUAAUCCAGCUCCAUUUGCCGUAUAUGAUGCGGAUUGGGGAGAGCUCAAUCCACGAGUACUCCAAAAUCACGUCGGUCAAUUCCAGCCGCGAGAUCAUGACGCGCUUCGUUGCCCACCGGACGUUUAAUCCUAUGUCAUCGUGCUCGCGGCCUGUCGACUUCUUCGCCCUCCUGGCGGCCAUGACGCUUCUGCUCGCCCACCUUGACGCCCAUCGCCACCGAGAAGCUACCGACGUCCUGGCUCAUCAGCGGCUCAGUGACCGGGCCCUACUUGAGCAGGUUUUGGAACGCAUGGAUGUGACGCGGGACAUAAACAUGGGCAACGAUGUGAUGAGCGAAAAGAGCGCCCAACUGAUCCGGCGCUUGCUGGAGAUUGAGGCCGACGCGGCUGAUGGCACCAAUUACCAAACAGAUAGCGUAAGUGGCGGGGACGAGCAUGCGGUUGAAGGAGACGCCCUGCAGUUGAGUAUUCCGUACCUCGGGGUCAUCAAGAUCUCGCGCCAAGGUCCGAUCUCGCGGGAACUGUCCGUCGGGAAUGUCGUGGCUCGGGUGCAUCGAACACCCCAAGCUGAUGCACCGCGGAGAGAAGGUCCGGGUACAUCAGGCGAGUCGGCUACGUCUCUAUCCCGUGCAUCGCUUUCGGACGAGCUGUCGGUUGGCCCCUCAUCGACAAGCACGCAGUUACAGGGACCCUGGUUUGAGCAGUCGGUGAUGCAGUGCCCCAAUUCUAGCUAUGAUACCAUGGUUUUGCGGAAUUAUGCCACACUUCCUCCGAUCGCGGCCGGAGCCAAUGACUGGCCGUUCCAGGGCGUCGACAUGGCCUUUUUCGAUGGUCUUAUGAGAGGAACAACCUGUCCGGAAGCUGCCCGGUCAGAGCAGUGA